AUGGGUGCAUCGAGAAGUCUGAGAACGAGCACGACUGAUACAUUUUGAUACUACAGACACCCCCUUUGGAACGACGAAAAACCCCUACUCGUAUCUCUUCAAACCCUCACUGGCCGGAGCAGAAGCAGACACUGCCUCCUCUGCGACGGGCUGGAUCCGACUCACCCUUCCAUCAACGACCGCCGAAGCUUUCCCCCAAUCCAACUCGCAGGACACAAAUUCAACUGAUAAAUCCGAACCUGUCGACGAGGAGAAUCAAAGCCUGUUCCUCAAAUUACGAGAUUCGUUCGAGCAGGCGCUCGUCGAGUUGGGUCUCUUGACCGAUUCGAUGGUGCUCUCGGCCGCCGAUGAUAUUGGCCAAUCGACGCGUGCGAGUUUGGGUGGGAUCGCUCAAUCCAUUUAUGAAAGAACUCGAGUACGGAUCGAGGGCUCUGAGGCUGUUAAGCCGGGGGAGGAGGUUCAGCUGGGCGAACGGACGAAGAACUUUGUGGGAGGCGUCGAGGGCGCUAGUCAGGGUGUCCGGGAUGUCAGCAACAAGUUGACGGAAUACAUACAGCAAGGAAGUGUUUGGCUAGGGGAACAAGUGGGCAAGAGAAUACCCGUUGGUAGAAAGGGGGAGAUGGAGAUGGAAGAGGGGACUGAAGGGAGGCCGGACAUGUCAGCCUGGGAGAAAACGAAGACGGCUGUGGGGUCGAUUGCUGGUGGGGUAGCAGACGGGUGAGCUCGCACAUUCAUCUCUUGUCAUACAUUCAACGAUACUGAAUGGAGACGACUUGUUCAGGUCCACCACUCUCGCAUCGCACACCUCCCAAGCCGCGCAAGAUGCCGUUACUCACUCGAAAGGCUCCGAUGCGGGAGAAGUCGUCGAGAAGGCGAGCCAAACCGCAGCCAACAUUGGCGGGACGGCUUCGGAUGUCGUCGUCAAAACCUCGGUUGCUCUAUUGGGGGGCAUGGCCGUCAACGCAGCUGUUGAGGCUGAUCGAAGUGCGGGUGGGGAUGGGGGUGGGGACGAGCAGGGUGAGGAAGAGGUGAGAAGGGCGUAA